CUUCUCCUUAAUUUCUGUAAAUAGAGAUAGAGAGAAUGACAAAAGUCUCUGUUGGAUUACAACUCGUGACUACAGAUUCAAAAGAAAAACUAAAAAACAUAGUUAUCAAAUCUUCACUGAAACCAAACUGGUCCACUCCAAACAUCUCGGAGCUUUGCUUCCUCAAAACAUGUUAUCUCUGUUUGAAACAGCUCCAUCAAGACAAAGAUGUUUACAUGUACAGAGGAGACUUGGGAUUUUGUAGCAGAGAGUGUAGAGAAAGUCAGAUUUUGAUGGAUGAGAAGAAAGAACUAGAGGCUUCCACGAAAACGAUGCUGGCUUCUUACAGACGUUGUAACGCCGGCGCCGGAAAAAGCGAGAAUCGGAAUUUGUUAGAUGAUCUCCGGCGGCGACGCCGGCUAUUUAUAGCCCCUUGA